AAUAUCACUUUGAGGCCCGGGACUUUUGAAUAUGAGGCUGGGCGUUUGCAAGUGCAGAAGUAUCCGUAGAAGCCAGGCAAGUUGAGCUAGAUUCGUGGAGAUGUACUUGACAGCCACCCAAGAAGAUAAAUCUGAAUUACCUUUGAGAUAUUUAAAAAUUCCCUGUGGUUUUUUCUUUUCACCUCACUUGUUACCAUUAAACCGCCCGAGUACAAAUCUAUAGUCUCUCGGAACUGUAUCUCACGAAAAUGAUGAGUUCAUAUAUUCACGAGUAAGAUCCCCUAACAUCUUAGUUUCACCUGCAACAAAUCAUUCCUGACACGAAUACCAGACAUGCAUGCUCCGGAAUCGUCACAGUAAUUGUCAGCCCAGAAGGACGACCAUUUUUCUUCCACGAGAGUCUCCUCUGCGAAAAAUCCCCCUGGUUUCGCGCGCAGCUACACAACCAAAAGACCGAAGAGUAUAGUGCUUCUGCCAUCGAACUAUCACCCAUCGAAACCUCAUUUCGAGAUUUCCAGCAAAGUCAACGAAAGAUUAUCUAUCGAUACGAAGAUGAAGUUCAUACAUUCAAUCAAUUUUUCACCUGGAUAUACGGAUGUGUAUAUGCGAUGCCUGGUCGUGAUCCAGAAACUUAUGACACUGCUACGCAUAUCUCGGAAUGGGUAAUACUCUACGUGCUAGCUGUUGAAAUGGGAGUUAUGGAUUUGGCACAUAAAGCUCUGUGGGAGUAUGUCCACUGUAGGGAUACCCUACGAACUGGAUACUGGAUGCCUCUACCAUCGGAAAUCCAGUAUAUCUACCAUAAUCGAGCAAAUGCACAUGAUCUACGAAAUCUCAUUGUUGAAAAAGUUCGUAGCCUUCUCUUCUCAAUAAGAUUCGAUGGGAUGAAUAGACAGCUAUCCAGCCUCUGCCAUAGCCACCCCGGUUUCAACACCGAUGUAUUUGAAGAAAUCCAACGACACUCAGAGCAAGCGAGUGUAUGCAACUACGGGGACUGUUCAAUGCACGUCUCACGCUACGCAAGUCUUAGCGACUGUGCAAGUUCAGAUUCUUACUUCGAGGUUGAGUCUCCUAUUCCUCCGUCGGUAUGUUUAGAUGCUAUCUCGGAUCUUGAAUUGGAUGAUGCCGAACCUUCUUUGAUAUCAGAUAGCGGGACAGUAUCUGCGGAAGAGGAGGAUGUGUAUUCACGAGAAGAGAGGGACGAAGCGAUGGCGGAAUAUUAUGAGACUAGGGAUUUAGCUAGCUAUGUCUUUUGAUCGGGGAAUGUAGGGUCAAUUUAUAAUUAGUGGGAUGUGUGUCGAUGCGACUGAAGAUUCUUGUGCUUUUCAAGUCAAGCAAAUUUGAUAAGUUAGCGUUGUGGUUAUGAUACUUUGGUAUGUAUGGAGGAGUUCUGGAAGAUUAGGAUGGGCAACCAGCGAAUACGUUCUGGAUAAUGGGUUUGUUUUACUUUCGUAGGAUAUUUUUGAUGAAUCAUGAGGAAUGAUUGUUUUGUAUAUGCUAAUUAGGAUACAGAACCUGUUCAUUAAUCCAUUGUCCUAUUCACCACAGUCCACAA